AGGGGAGAAGAGUCUUGUAAACUAGAGAGAGAUACACAGGAAGCGAGCUACGGGUGUAAGAAGCCGUCGUCAUUUCUGCUGGCUGCUGAGGUCCACCUCUUCUCUUUCUCAGUGAGGCGUCCUCUCGAUCGGAGUUGACUACGGAGCGCAUCCUGGUGAUCUCUGACUCCACGGCUCCAGCCCUGACCCCCCGCCCCCCCCUCCUGGAUGGGGAGGUCUUAAUCCUUGUAGGAGAGCAAUGAAGGGACGCCAGAAAGGGAAACGGAAAGGGGGGAACAAAGAACGGGUUUUUGGGUGUGACCUUCGAGAACACCUGAACGCAACGGGACAGGAGAUCCCCCUGGUUUUGCGUGCCUGCAGUAGUUUCGUGGAGGAACAUGGUGUGGUUGAUGGGAUUUAUAGACUGUCUGGAGUCUCGUCUAAUACACAGAGACUCAGGAACGAGUUUGACUCGGAGUCGUGUCCUGAUUUGAACCGGGAUGUGUACCUCCAGGAUAUUCACUGUGUCUCCUCACUGUGUAAAGCCUAUUUCAGAGAGCUCCCCAACCCUCUCCUCACCUACCAGCUCUAUGAUAAAUUUGCGGAUGCCGUGGCGAUACAGCUGGAAGAAGAGCGAUUGGUCAAAAUCAAGGAUGUGCUCAGGGAACUCCCGAACCCUCAUUACAGGACACUGGAGUUUUUAAUGCGACACCUGAUUCGAAUGGCCUCGUUUUCACAUGAGACCAACAUGCAUUCCCGCAACCUGGCAAUUGUGUGGGCACCUAACCUGCUCAGGUCGAAGGAUAUUGAAUCCGGGUUCAACGGCACAGCAGCGUUCAUGGAGGUCAGGAUUCAGUCCAUCGUGGUGGAGUUCAUACUGAUGCACGUGGAGCAGCUCUUUAACGAUGCCUCUGGGGAUUACCACGACCAACGACCCAAGUCCCUCCCCUCACCGACUUUCCUGCCCAAUCAGGAAGAUCCGUACUUCCGAGCGCUUCCCUUCAACAUGCCGAGCGCGCUCAGCCCCGGAGACGGGCCUCCGCAGAUGAGACCGUACCACGCCAUCAUUGAGGUCACCGACACCAAGAGGAAAGGGUCUUUGAAGGUGAAAAAAUGGAAAUCGAUUUUUAACUUGGGCCGAUCGAACAACAGCGACAAGAGAAAGGGGAAGGGCGAGGGCAAAGAUAAACUGAAGGCUCAUAUGAGGCCAGCCAAGAGCAUGGACUCACUCAGCUCCCUGCCCUGCGCACUAGAAGUCAACCAGCGGCGCUCCAGUCGAACCCCAAUCCGCCACGAAAGCUUCGGACCCCACGAGCAAAACCCCAGUUCUCUGCCCCCCUCCCCCCUGAUCGCGUCCUCGCUGGGCGCAGAGCCAGGGGCUAAAGGCUCCCAAGGAUACGCCGUGACCUAUCGCAGAGGGGGCGGGGCCAGCGUCAGCGUGGUGGGCGGGGCAGAGGCGGGGCUUGGCAGCUCCAGCUUGGACAACCUGUCUUCGAAUUCUCCGAAGGGUCGCAGCAACCGCGCAGAGAGGUGCGCUGGAGUUCAUAUUUCUGGACCUUUUUCGGUGACCGUCCCGCUGCAUAUCACCUCUGGACUGGCUUUAGGGGUUUUACAGGGAGCUAAUGGCGACAAAGGGGCCGAAAAAGCAGGGGAAGAGAAGAGGACGACGGUGGAGGACUCUCCAGAUCUCGGGGCGAAGGUCGAACAGGGAGAUAAAGAGAACAACGAAAGUCCCGAGUCGGAGUCGCAGGAAGAGGCGGGGCUGCAGGAAGCCGAAAGACAGGAAGUCAGGGAGACGGACGUCGAGGUUGAGAUGGAGGCUGCAGGAAGUGGUCACAGUGGGCGGAGCUCCAGCAUCAGUUCAGAGGAAGAGGAGGAGCAUCCGGAGGAAGAGGAGGAGGAAGGGGAGUACAUGGACAUGCACGGGGACAAGGAGAGACCUUCGGAGCUGCCCUUGGACUUUCUGGACACUUUCGGCUUCCUGGACGAUGACAUGAUGGACACGGGAGAGGGGACAACACAGGUUGCAGAGUUCUCUGUGGAGCCUCCUUGCUAUGAGGAUGAGGACUGCUGCAGUUUCAGCAGCGAGAUGUACGAUCCUCCCUCCAGCCUGUCCUCCCAGCUAAACCAGUUCAAAAUGGAAAGCGACAGCGACGAAGACGUGCAGUUCUACAGCCUACCGGACUACGUUGACCCUCCCCACCUCAAAAUCUGGGAGGAGGACACGCCCGCGGCUGCCCGAGUCGACCACGAAACUGACCGACUCGAAGACACCGGCAGCCCUUCAGAGCGAAACGACCGACCUGCUCUUUCUGAAACGCUGGACCUCCAAGCCACCAGGGGGCAGUCAAAUGAAGGGGCGGAACCUACUUGUGGGCCGGGAGACGAGGGUAGGUGGCAGUGUGCUGGAGACUCGAUCACGGCUACACCAGUGCAGGACAGCGAGACCUGCGGUGAAAUGCAGGCGAUUGAUCUUAACUCAAGGGAUCCACCGGAGGCAUGCGACGACGUGGCGCUUCUUCGCUCUGCUGAUACGGAAGAGUCUGACAUGCAGAGCUUCGCUGAAAGCAGUCGGGUCUGUCCCACAGGAGCCCAGCUUGAAAGCGUGGCUGGUUUAGAGUUGGGGAGCCUGCUAGAGUCCGCGAACGUCCCUCAGCUCGCUGAUGAUCUGGAAACGGACCUCCUUUGCUAUCCCACCACUGUUUUGGAAGCUCCUGAGAUGUCUGCAGAAGGAAAUGCAGAUGGCAGGCAGCUCCAAGUGGAACCAGAAGGUGUAGAGCAGCGGGAGGGAUCCGGGUUUGAUGAAGGACCAAUAGGAGAUCCGGAAAAGCUUGUAGGACACGAGGCACUCCCAGAAAUUCUUCAAGGUGAUGAAAUAGGAGUUUGCAAGGAGAGUGAGAGGCAAGCAGUGGCUUCUUAUGAAGAUUCGAAGGAUGAUUUGGCAAGGGUUGGGGUCUUCAUCCAGUCUCUGGUAGACCAUUGUCUGGCCUCUUUAGAAACCCAUGGGAUAAAUGCACACAGUGAGAUGGGAAGCGUUUCGGUGGGAAAGGCAGAAAUAGUCGGGAGUGAAUUUAGCUCCGCAGAGCCAGAUAUGGCUCAACAGACGGAUGUGGAAGUAGAUUCCGUGGAGGAGGGUAUCAUGGAGGAGGGAGAAGGCAGCGAGGCGAGGGGUGCAGACGGGACUGAUGAUCAUGAAACGGAUGGAAUGGUGCAGGAGAUUGGGGUUGGAGGUUCGAGUGAUGGGAGAAAAGGUGCCGAAGAAAUUAAAGAGGGUUUCGUGACGGAGAGGGAAGAGGUAGCUGGAAAACUAGAGGGCUUGGGUGAGGUUACGGAGUUAGAAAUGAAAGAGAGCAGGGAUGCGGGUGGACAAAUGGUGGCAGCGGGUGCGAAGGUGAGAGACGAUCAAACGGGAAGCGAGAACGAAGGGGUGGAGGGAGAUGGAUCAAAACACAGAGGGGAGAGGCAGGGGGAGAGAGAGAGGGAGGGGGAGAAUUCGGAGACCCAAAAGGAGGUGAGAGUAGAAGGAAUGGAAGGUGCUCGGAUGCAGGUAGUAGCGGGCGCGCCAAUCAUGCCACGCCCAAAACUUUACCAGGCAAAAUCAGUACCCGUUGUUGCGCCAAAGCCUCAAUUUUCAAAACUGCCCCCGGCAUUGAAGGUCAAGCAUCAGCUUCACCAACUCCAGUUGCAGCCGCCAGGGAGCGAGGGAGAGAGCGAGGGCAGAGGGAAGAACAGGUGGAGCUUAGGGGGAAGGGAGGGAGAGGCGGAGGGGGAGGGGGAGCGCGGGAAGAGGAACGGGGCUGCUGCGGUGGCCAGCCUCUCUUUCGACGAAGCGGUAGCGAGGGCCAAGGACAGGCAUUGUAAUCUGAAGGUGUGGAGGAUUCAGACAUACGGGGAGCAGAGCUCCCUGCAGGCUCUGCCCAAACCACUCCGCCACUCCCACUGUGACCUCACGGGCCAAGCCCCUCCCAGUCCCAGUUCCCGCCCCCUCCCCAGAGGCGGGGAAGCCAAGAGAAUGAGCCUGCCCAGGAUUGGUCAGAGAGCAAGCUUGCUUGAAACGGAGGAGAUAAUUCAGCAGAGACGCUCUUUUGCGGCUCUGGAUAGUCACAGAGAUAGGGAGAGAGAGUGAGUGAGGGAGGGAGGGAAUGACACAUCAUUAACUUGUGCCUCAAUUGUAUAAAAGCUGGUUGCUUUGGAUCAUGGGACAGAGUGCGUUUUCAGAUAGAGUGGCAGCUUCCUUGAUACAGUGUCCUAACAGUGCAAGCAUCUCAGGGAGCUUUGCAAAAAUACACAGCAAAUCAAAGGGGCUCUGAACGGCUCGGUAGAGAAAAGGCCAUCUGUUUUACACCGAAGCAAAUUGCUGGCAAGUUGAAUAAUAAUAAUAAUAUAAUAAUAAUAAUAAUAAUAAUAAUAAUAGUUUGUAUCAUGUAAUUCAUUUAAUUCAGUUUAAUUUUGAGUAUAUAUAUAUAUAUAUAUACACAUACACAUACACACACACACAAUGUGACGUUUUUAAAUUGCGAUUCUGUUAUCAAAUUCCUAUUUUAACUGCUUCAUAGUUGCUACAGCUUCAAUGAAUUGAAAAAAAAAGCCCCUGUUUUUCACUCUGGAAACCCCAAUUCUUUCCGAAACAGAAUAGACUGUAGAGAAGAAACGAGGUGACUGGAAUAUCAUUCAGAUCUUAACCAGUAUAGAAUCAUUAAUAAACAAGCGUCUCCAAGAGGAGGCAAGAAAUAACAUUACAAAAAAAUCAACGGCGACAACA